CAAUUCUCUACAUCAAUUUCCCACCCAAUUGCAGAGAAAACACAACACAGCCGAGGAAUAUGAUUGUAGGAGGAGAUUUCACGGUGACGGUGGGCAAGAAGGACGUUGUGGCGGCGGUGUUGCCAUUGCAAGAGCAUUGGCUGCCGCUCUCCAACCUCGACCUGCUUCUGCCACCGCUCGACGUGGGUGUUUUCUUCUGUUACAAGAACCCAGUUUCAGGGGAUACCCUGUGUUUUGGUUCCAUGGUUGGUAUCCUCAAGAAGGCCAUGGCCCAGGCUCUGGUCUCCUACUAUGCUUUUGCCGGUGAGGUUGUACCCAACUCCAUCGGUGAACCUGAGCUUCUCUGUAACAACAGAGGGGUGGAUUUCUUCGAGGCCUAUGCAGAUGUUGAACUUCAAAACCUCAACCUCUAUAAUCCUGAUGAGAGCAUUGAAGGCAAGUUAGUACCAAAAAAGAAGCACGGAGUGCUUGCAGUUCAGGCAACGGAGCUUAAAUGCGGCGGACUAGUGGUGGCGUGCACUUUUGAUCACCGUAUUGCUGAUGCCUAUUCCGCCAACAUGUUUCUUGUUUCAUGGGCAGAAAUGGCUCAGUCCAAGCCGAUAUCUCUGCUGCCAUCCUUCCGGCGAUCUAUGCUGAACCCCAGGCAUCCAGGGUGCAUAGAUGCCUCCCUGGACGAUUUGUACGUGCCUAUUUCCACAUUGCCACCGCCAAAGGAAAACAAUCAACCAUCUGAUGAUCAUCUUAUCAGUCGCAUAUAUUAUGUCACUGCGGACCAACUCGACGAGCUUCAAUGUCUAGCGAGCCGCGGUGGGUCCAAAAGGACCAAGCUUGAGUCUUUCAGUGCCUUCUUAUGGAAAAUGGUGGCGAUUUCGGCCGCAGGAGAUACCGCCAAGACGUCUAAGAUGGGGAUAGUAGUGGAUGGGAGGACUAGAUUAAGUGAAGGAUGUACCGAUAAAGAAUCACAAAUGGGUACAUAUUUUGGAAACGUCCUUUCAAUUCCCUUCGGCAGCGAGAAAGUGAAGGCACUGAUUGAAAAGCCUCUGUCUUGGGUGGCAGAGGAGGUCCAUGAUUUUAUCAAAAGUGCAGUAACCAAGGAGCAUUUCUUAGGCCUGAUUGAUUGGGUUGAGGCACACCGGCCGGAGCAGGCUGUGGCGAAGAUUUAUGCAAGUGGGAGCAACGAGGGACCCGCGUUCGUCGUCUCCUCCGGACAACGCUUCCCUGUUUCGAAGGUGGAUUUCGGGUGGGGCCCGCCAACGUUCGGGUCAUACCACUUUCCAUGGGGAGGGAGUACCGGAUACGUGAUGCCGAUGCUAAGUCCGAUCAAGAAUGGCGACUGGGUGGUGUAUGUGCACCUCCCGGAGAGACAGGUGGAGUUCAUUGAGACUGAGGCCGCCGAUGUGUUUAAGCCCCUAACUUUUGAUUAUCUUGAUUUGGUGUAAACAUCUUUAUAAUUUACGGUUAGAAAUUUUCAGGCGAGCUUUAUAAAUAUCUUUAAAAUAUGGCCCCUGUAUUGUUAUACUUUGCUUGUAUUGUUAUGGUUUAAUUUGUAUAUGUGUACUUUGUAUAUGUGUACUUUGUGUACAACAAUCACAGUUGUUGUUCAAUAUAUUAUUGGAUGUUAU